AUGGCAGCUCUUUGUUGCUCUGCCACCAUCAUCGUCUCCGAUAAGCUCUCUCCACGAAUCAGAACCCAUAAUCAAUCCCCCAGACUCAAUCGGUUAAAGAAUCACAAACGAUUGAUUACAGAGAGAAAUAGUUUGAUCGUUGUUGGAUCGAUCACUGAAGACAGAGAAGCAAUCGAUGUAAAGAGCGAAAAUUUCGAGCCAGAAGAAGAAGAAGGGGACAAGGAUUCCGAUCGGCUGGUGAGUCGAGGAAUCAACGCAGCCAUAGUCCUCGCCGCCGGUACCGUUGCGGUUACGAAGCUGUUAAGUAUCGAUCAUGACUAUUGGCAGGGUUGGACUCUGUACGAGAUACUUAGGUAUGCACCUGAACACAAUUGGGAAGCCUAUGAGCAAAUUCUCAAAACAAACCCGGUUUUGGCGAAAAUGGCGAUCAGUGGAAUUGUCUAUUCUCUAGGAGAUUGGAUUGCACAGUGUUACGAAGGGAAACCGCUGUUUGAGUUUGAUCGAACCCGUGUGCUUAGAUCAGGUCUUGUUGGAUUCACUCUCCAUGGCUCACUCUCUCAUUAUUACUACCAAUUCUGCGAGGCUCUGUUUCCUUAUCAAGAAUGGUGGGUAGUUCCUGCAAAAAUCGCGUUUGAUCAAACCGUAUGGUCAGCGAUUUGGAACACUAUUUACUAUACAUUAUUAGGGCUUUUGCGUUUCGAGUCCCCAGCUACAGUUUUCAGUGAAAUCAAGACCACUUUUUGGCCAAUGAUCACUGCAGGCUGGAAACUGUGGCCUUUGGCUCACUUGGUUACAUACGGUGUAAUUCCUGUAGAGCAAAGGCUUCUUUGGGUGGAUUGUAUUGAACUCAUUUGGGUCACUAUACUGUCCACUUACUCAAAUGAAAAAGCAGAGACGCAAGCAUUAGGGGAAACAAACUCCAACACUCCCUCUAGCGAGGACUAG